ACCUCUUGGCUGUUAGUCUGUUAAUUCAAUCUUUGAGUCCCUUAGCAAUAACAAAUAGCUGACAUUUUCUUUCUGCUACUCGCUUGUCUCAUCCUCGUCUUCGCUUCUUUCUCAAGCACGCAUCGCAGGUCAUUUUAGAAAGCUUUCAAACGAAGAAUUCGAGCUUCCGUUUUCUCCAGAUUUUGUUUAAGUAAAACUAGGAAUUGCGUCGUUUCCGGAUCUUUUGUUCUUGUUGUGGUCUUGCAGUGAACGUGGUUAAGUACUUGAAGCAACAUCAAUAUGGUUUCUUUUGAAAUGAAUGACCGGAAGAAGAUCGGGCUAGGAUUGACAGGGUUUGGUAUAUUUUUCUCUUUCCUGGGGAUCGUUUUCUUCUUUGAUAAGGGAUUACUUGCUAUGGGAAAUAUCCUUUUCAUCUCAGGAGUGAGUCUAACUAUUGGGCCAAAGUCUACCAUGCAGUUCUUCAUGAAACGUCAAAAUUUUAAGGGAACUAUUUCAUUUGGUGUUGGCUUCUUCUUUGUUGUCAUAGGAUGGCCUAUACUUGGCAUGAUUUUGGAAGCUUAUGGGUUCAUUGUACUUUUCAGUGGCUUCUGGCCAACACUGUCAGUCUUUCUUCAGAGGAUACCUAUACUUGGCUGGAUCUUCCAACAACCAUUUAUUAGAUCGUUCAUGGAUCGCUAUCGGGGUAGAAGAGUUCCUGUGUAAAGGCAGAAAAUGAGAGAGAGGUGUAACUGAUUGUUGAAUUGAUCCAUAUUCAAGUCUUGUAAAAAAAAAAAAACGAAGUGUCUGGCUCCAGACCUAAACUUUUUUGGGUUUGGAGAGAUGGAUGGCUGAGCAAUGUGCAAUUCUGGGACUGAAGGGAAGUGCAAGCAAGCUGCAGAUAUGUCCAUUUCCAAGUCCUUGUAAAAAUAUUUCUGAAUUUUGUUUGUUUGGUUAUGUUUUCCUGAUUGUAGAAGAUUAUUUUGACUUGGUAGCAAAUCUUUUGUUCUUUUCAUCAAAGAAGGAAAAUGAAAUGAUUUCAGGUUAUUCUUACUA